AUGCCUCGCCAAAAAUCCCUCUCCCCGGGAAGCUGCACUCUCCGCCUCACACAUAUAACCUCCCUCCCCUCGUCCCAAAAGACAGCCCUCAUAUCCUCCAUCGCGAACGACAUGAAGGCAACCUUCAUCUACAUCGCCAAGCAAUCCGAAGCCGGAAACCUAGACUCCCAAAAUACAGCGCCACUUGACAACGUGGUUGCUACAAUCAGGGACACCGCUGUUUCGGAACGACGCAUGUUGGAGAAGAAACUUGAGAAGGCUGAAAGACGGGUUAGGAAGUUGAAAAGGGAGCAGAAGUGGAUGCACAAUGAGGUUGGGGAGGUUUUGAAGAGGGUUGAGGUGGUUGGUGGGAAGUGGAAGGAGAAAGUUGAGAGGUUACGGGGGAAGGUGGAGGGAUUGCAGAGGGAGUUGGUGUCGGGGAGGGAGGGAGUGGUGGAGCAGAUGGAGGAAACGAUGGAACAGAAUGAGGGAGAGGAUAAGGCGUAA